AUGCAGAUGAUGAUGAGGGAGAUUGGCAAGAUUCAGCAGCACCUGAAUUUGGACUAUGUGCCAUUGGCCUGUGAAGCUACACCGCGGUCGAUUCUGGAAUCCGAGGCUUCCGUCGAGCAUGUGCGUUCGCCCUCAAAAGCCGUGGCCUUCGAGGAGCCUUUGCAGGUGGACAUCGAUGAAGAUCCAACCUCCGACGUUCCGGAAAGUCCAACAGGAGAUGCGAUGACGAGGGCUCAUGUGGCCAACAAGGUGAAGAAGCUGAAGCGAGUUCGAGAGAUGGCCUCUCAGACGGAGGAUUCCUACCGUGACACUGGCUGUCAGACAGCCUCCCUUGUGAAGGAAUUUCCACACAUGCUUUGUAGGAACGCGAUUUGGAUUUCCAUAGACAUCGACUACAACGACAGCAUAUUGCUCAUAAACGCAGACACGGUUUUCCAAGUGGUCGAACAUACCUUCUGCACAUACUUCUUCUUCGAGAUCUCAAUUCGUGCCUAG